CUAGAAAUUUUUCCCAGGCUUUCUCUCUCUAGAAAAUUUCCUCCUCCGAUUUUUGGAUCGGUUUUACUAGGUAGCUCUGGCUCUCUCAUUUUCUCGGGAGAAUUUGGAAUUUUGAUUUUCUCGGAAAAUUUAGGGUUUCGAAUUGCGAGAAGUAAUGGAGGAGGCGGUGUUCGAUCUGGUGGAGUUCCUCACCAACCCAACGAUCACCGAAACAUUCGUCGACAUUUUGCUCUGCGCAGUUCCGAUAUGGCUGGCGGUGAUGAUCGGCCUCGUGAUCGGCUGGUCCUGGAGGCCGCGGUGGACCGGUUUGGUCUUUCUCGGCCUCCGGAGCAAGUUCCGUUUCGUCUGCACCGCGCCGCCGGGGUUCGGCGCCCGCCGCCUCUGGCUCGCUUUCACGGCGUUCUCCGCUUUCUCCAUUUGCCGCAAGAUGUGGUUUGAUUUUAGAGGGAAGAGCAAGCCGGCGGCGGCAGGUGGUUCCGGAGCGGCGGCGAGCCGUUCGGGUGAGGGCGGUGGUGACAUUGCUGACCUAAGCAAUAAAGAUGCACAGAGAGUGCAAGAUGUCGUCACAGGAGCCGAUUUGGAUCACCUGGUUAAUUUAAUUGGAGGGAGAGAUGGAGAAAUGGAAUGGCAAAGUUUGAUGGAGAAAACGACCCCAACCAUGGCUUAUAAAGCGUGGCGCUAUGACCCUGAGACAGGUCCCACUGUUUACUGUAGUAGAACUGUCUUUGAGGAUGCAACACCAGAGUUGGUUAGAGAUUUCUUCUGGGAUGAUGAGUUUCGGCCUAAAUGGGAUCCUAUGCUUGUACAUUGUAAAAUAUUGGAGGAGUGCCCAGAUACUGGAACGAUGAUUAUUCACUGGAUUAAAAAGUUCCCUUUCUUCUGCAGUGACCGAGAAUAUAUAAUUGGUCGAAGAAUAUGGGAGGCUGGAAAAACUUUCUACUGUGUGACAAAGGGUGUUCCAUAUCCCAGUUUGCCUAAGCGUGAUAAGCCUAGACGCGUGGACCAUUAUUUCUCUAGUUGGAUUAUCAAGCCUGUAGAGUCACGAAAGGGAGAUGGACAGUUAUCCGCAUGUGAAGUUACCCUUGUCCACUAUGAAGACAUGGGAAUCCCCAAGGAUGUGGCUAAGUUGGGCGUUCGUCAUGGAAUGUGGUGCACUGUGAAAAAACUACACUCCGGCAUGAGAGGAUACCAGAAUGCAAGGAAAUCUUCAGAGUCUUGUUUAUCACAGUGUGCCCGUAUGGCGGCAAUCACCACAAAGAUAUCUUUGGAAGGAAGCACAAAUUAUCUGGAGGUAUCACCAGGAGGUGAAGAAGAGAAAGGUAGAGCAUGGAGCAUGGAGAAACAUGAUAAUAUUAAUAAUGGCAUCGAUUGGAAAUGGAUAGCUAUAGGGGGAGCCGUGGCUCUGGUUUGUGGACUUCAUACAGGUGUAGUAGGAAAAUCGUUGUUACUGGGAGCAGGCCAGAGAAUUGCCCGAAGGAGAUGAGUCAUUAUCUGUUUUGAAGAGUUAUUAUAGUCUUCAACAUAGAGAUAAUCUCUGUAUGAGACUAUCUGCUAUUAUUGCUGCACUCGUAUUGGCACAAAGAUACAUCAAUUGCUAGCCUCUGCUACUUGGUUUGUUUUUGUGUUUGUUCUUGGGUCUUUUCAACCCCUUUGUAUCCAAAAAAAAACAUCAAUUGCAAAACUAUGGUGAAUUGUAUGGGUAAAAUUUUGUAUUGGCUUUAAGCCUUCAAAAAUAUCCUAUUCAAAUGGGCGAGCAGCGCUUAUAUAUCUAUAAUUA